AGGGACCCGGCAGGCUCUGCAGCCGUGCGCCCUGGCGUUCGGGCAUGCCCCGCUACGAGCUGGCUUUGAUUCUGAAAGCCAUGCAGCGGGGUUGGUACAGUAGGCUUCACUAGACUUAGCUGCAACUCAGAAUUUCUCCUCCAGCACCUGAGUAAAUGCUGAUGGUCUUGUGGAGAGUGGAUUAAAAGUACGAGCUAAGUUCUCAAUCCCAGUUAAGAAGCGGAGGAAAAUUUAAACUGUCUCCUUCAAAGUUUAUCACAACCACCACCAUCAAGACAGCAAACCAAAGGACAAAGACUUUGACCUGCUGUGUUACUCUGUGUAGUCCAGUUCACGUAUGGUUUACAGACUUGGCUGGGGUUACUAAUAAGUAAAUACAAAAUUGGACACUUCUAUCAUUUGGACACUUGUAUUCACAAGUUACCAGAAUGAGGGCUGUACUGGAGACAGCAGACAUUGCCAUAGUGGCCCUGUAUUUUAUCCUGGUCAUGUGCAUUGGUUUUUUUGCCAUGUGGAAAUCUAAUAGAAGCACCGUGAGUGGAUACUUCCUAGCAGGGCGCUCUAUGACCUGGGUAGCAAUUGGUGCCUCUCUGUUUGUGAGCAAUAUUGGGAGUGAGCACUUCAUUGGGCUGGCAGGAUCUGGAGCUGCAAGUGGAUUUGCAGUGGGCGCCUGGGAAUUCAAUGCCUUACUGCUUUUGCAACUUCUGGGAUGGGUUUUCAUCCCAAUUUAUAUCCGGUCAGGGGUAUACACUAUGCCUGAAUACUUGUCCAAGCGAUUUGGGGGCCAUAGGAUUCAGGUCUAUUUUGCAGCCUUGUCUCUGAUCCUAUAUAUCUUCACCAAGCUCUCAGUGGAUCUGUAUUCGGGUGCCCUCUUUAUCCAGGAGUCUUUGGGUUGGAACCUUUAUGUGUCUGUCAUCCUACUCAUUGGCAUGACUGCUUUGCUGACUGUCACUGGAGGCCUUGUUGCGGUGAUCUACACAGAUACUCUACAGGCUCUGCUUAUGAUUGUUGGGGCACUCACACUUAUGAUUAUUAGCAUGAUGGAAGUUGGUGGGUUUGAGGAAGUUAAGAGAAGGUACAUGUUGGCCUUACCCAAUGUCUCUUCUAUUGUGUUGACGUACAACCUUUCAAACACAAAUUCUUGUAAUGUCUACCCUAAGAAAGAAGCCCUAAAAAUGUUGCGGGAUCCAACAGAUGAAGAUGUUCCAUGGCCUGGAUUCAUUCUCGGGCAGACCCCAGCCUCAGUGUGGUACUGGUGUGCUGACCAAGUCAUCGUGCAGAGGGUCCUAGCAGCCAAAAACAUUGCUCAUGCUAAAGGCUCUACUCUUAUGGCUGGCUUCCUGAAGCUUCUGCCAAUGUUUAUCAUAGUUGUCCCAGGAAUGAUUUCCAGGAUACUGUUUGCUGAUGAUAUAGCUUGCAUCAACCCAGAGCACUGCAUGAAAGUGUGUGGAAGCAGAGCUGGGUGCUCCAAUAUUGCUUAUCCACACCUGGUAAUGAAGCUGGUUCCUGUGGGCCUUCGGGGCUUGAUGAUGGCUGUGAUGAUUGCAGCUCUGAUGAGUGACUUGGACUCAAUUUUUAACAGUGCCAGUACCAUAUUUACCCUGGAUGUGUACAAACUCAUCCGCAAGAGUGCAAGCUCCCGGGAACUAAUGAUUGUUGGCAGAAUAUUUGUGGCGUUUAUGGUAGUGAUCAGCAUAGCAUGGGUACCAAUCAUUGUGGAGAUGCAAGGAGGCCAGAUGUACCUUUACAUUCAGGAGGUGGCAGAUUAUCUGACACCUCCAGUGGCUGCCCUGUUCCUUCUGGCAAUUUUCUGGAAGCGCUGCAACGAGCAAGGGGCUUUCUAUGGUGGAAUGGCUGGCUUUGUUCUUGGAGCUGUCCGUUUGGUACUGGCCUUUACCUACCGUGCCCCAGAGUGUGACCAACCUGAUAACAGACCAAGCUUCAUCAAAGACAUCCAUUAUAUGUAUGUGGCCACAGCAUUGUUUUGGAUCACAGGACUCAUUACUGUGAUUGUUAGCCUUCUCACGCCUCCUCCCACAAAGGAUCAGAUUCGUACUACCACCUUUUGGUCUAAGAAGAACCUCGUGUCAAAGGAGAGCUGUUCUCAGAGAGAUGAACCGUACAAAAUGCAAGAGAAGAGUAUUCUGCGAUGCAAUGAGAAUAGUGAGGCCUUGAACCACAUCAUUCCCAAUGGGAAAUCUGAAGAUAGUAUUAAGGGCCUUCAGCCUGAAGAUGUUAAUCUGUUGGUGACCUGCAGAGAGGAGGGAAACCCAGUGGCUUCCUUGGGUCAUUCAGAGGCAGAAACACCAGUAGAUGCUUAUUCCAAUGGGCAAGCAGCUCUGAUGGGUGAGAAAGAGAGAAAGAAGGAAACAGAGGAUGGAAGCCGGUACUGGAAGUUCAUAGACUGGUUUUGUGGCUUUAAAAGUAAGAGCCUCAGCAAGAGGAGUCUCAGAGACCUGAUGGAUGAAGAGGCUGUUUGUUUACAAAUGUUAGAAGAGACUCCACGAGUUAAAGUAAUACUAAAUAUUGGACUUUUUGCUGUGUGUUCACUUGGAAUUUUCAUGUUUGUUUAUUUCUCCUUACCAAUUUAAGAAUAUGGUGAGAUACUUUAACUUAAGAAAAUACUGGUCUUUGAACAAAAAUUAUGUAACUGUUGCAUCUCUCAGGCAUUGUUUAUGCUAUAGGUUUUAGCCAAAUUUUACUUAGCAGAAAAUCAUCUAUUUGCAAGACUUUAUUUUCCCAGAGAUGAAGGAAAGUAGAUCUUCAACUUAAGUGAAGCAAAACAGACUGAACUGUGCAAAAAUGAGGUUUAAAAUUUUCCAUACCAAAGUAAGGAGAGACCAAUUAUUCUCAUAGAUUAUUGAGAACAGAAUACAUGUUUAAGGUAUCAUGAGUAAAGAAUGUUGUCUGCACUACUAAGUCUUGGUAGAUCUUGUGCUGAAGGAGAUUUGCUCAUUUCUAAGUUGUUUUUUUUUCCUUUUCUGUCUCUGCAAUCCCUACUACCAUUAAAAACAAAAAAGAAAACAAAACAAACAAACAAAAAACAAACCCUGAAUUCUGAGGCAUUGUAUGAUGAGUUGUGUACUGAAAAUCUAAUGUCCUUGGUAGUUCAGGACAAGUUAGUUUGCCAGGUUUGGCUUAUUAGCAUGGGUCUGUGAAUUCUGAUUGCCAAAAGAAAGGAAAACUAUCUUGCUGUAGAUAUUUUAGUACCACUUACCUAUAUGUAGAAUGUUGGGGGCUUAGUUCCAGUACCUCCCCAUUUUUUUUUUCUACUUUCACUGAUGUUUAAGUGAACCAUACACAAAUGACUACCAAGUCUGUCUGUAAAGUUCCUUGUCAUUGUGUUAUUAAAUGAUCAUGGGGGGAAGUGAAAUAAACGUUGCUGAUGAUCCCCACAUUUUUGACUAAAUUAAGGUUGCUUUUAAAUAUAGUUUGAGAAUUAACAGCUCCCAAGCAGUGUUUAACCUAGGCUAAACAGUUGAUUUAUUAUACCCUGUCAACUUUCUAGCUUUUUUCUUGUCAUUUGAUAACCUUCUUUAUCAGCCAAAUGCCUUCCCAAGUGGAUUCAGUUGGGAGAUAAUAUCCAGUAUCUUGAAGGAAAAUUGACACUGCUUUUGUGCUGGGUUACUCUCCUUACUUAGAUUAUGAUACAUUGAGGGCGACAUUUUAGAGGGAAAAUUUAAUUCUGAGAUAUUUCAUUUUUUUUUUCACAAAAGAUUUGCCAUCUGCACACAGCCUGUACAUCUUUGUUGUUAUAGUCAGUGUAGAGCAUGGGGAUGUUUAAAGAAAAAACAAAAUACCAUCAGUAACAGAAAACUUAGGAGUGCACGCUUGCCAUUGGUAGAUUAUAGUCUUCUGUAAGAUGGAUAGCAUGUUCAAAAGGUGCCAUGACAAGAACUUCUGGGUGUAGUAGUAUGCUUGUGGAGGAUAUUGUAGGACUUAGGUAAUUAUAGGACCCUUAUCUUGACAUGGUUUGGUGCUCAGUUGCAACAUCCCUGGGUAGGAAGGUUUUUCACAGGUGGUUUUUCCUUCGUGAGGACAGGGUACGGAUAAUAUAGUUCUGUGUCCUCAACACUGUUCUUUGUCUUCCACGAAAGAUGAGAAAGCUAAUUACGUACCUACUUUAUUUGACUUUCUUUAAAAACUGAUACUUUUUAAAAUUGCAUGAUUUUAUUAAGCCUUGUAUUCUUUAGGGGAAAAUUACUUUUAUAGAUAAUUUUGUAGAUUUUGAAUCAAAACUCAGUCCUGAUGUCUAAAUUUUUUGUACUAUAUAAAUAGUUUGUUUAUGAUGGACAUGAUUAGUCCAAAAUUGAUUUUAAGAAUUAUCAGGUAACAUAAUGUCUUCCUAUCUUCAGGAGGCUUUCUGAUGGGCUGAGUCUGUAGAUGAAAAAAUAAUUCAUGUGUGAAUAGCAUGUAUUUCUGAGAGCUUAGAGUGCCUUGUAUAAUUUUUCUCUUCUUAAUUUCAUUCUUGAGGUUUAUAACCUGGAGGCCAAAUAGAUAGGGACCAUCCUUUUCUUGAAUGGAGGUUGAGGUUGUGAAAUGUCCAAGGCUUCAAAAACUAUUUGGGAAGAACAGAAACCAGGUCUCCCAAUCUGACCUCAGAGUUUGUCCAGAUAUGUCUGAACAAAUGGCUUGUCCAUGGUUUGUGCUAUUCGUUUCUCGAAGGAAGCAUUCUUCCUUUGAAUAACCAUUUGGUAUAAGGGAAAGUA